AUGGCGAUGGGAGGAGUAUCUCAUAAACGAAACGGAAACAGCAACAGGGGACGACCAUAUGGCUUGAUGCUACUUGUGGCAUUUGGGGCUGCAUUGCUUGGUGUUAUGGUGCUGCACAAGCUCAGGGAGAGACGCAUCUUCAACCUCCUUGUCGAAGACAAGAACCGUCAGCUCAUUUCUCUUCAGCUCCUGUUGCAGAAGGAAAGAGAAUACACGAAAGAAAUGAAAAGGGAAGCUGAAGAGACGAAAGCAAAGAUAUACUUCCUUAGAAACCAAAAAAUGGAGCUUGACCAUAGGCUCUUGGAGAUGCAAUCUGCAAUUGAUUCCCUUAAAGAUGAACAAAAGACCAUGGAGUCUGCACUGGAGGAGAAACAAAACGAGAUUAUAGUGCUACAAGAGAAACACGUUGAUUCAGGGAAAGAAAAUCCUCAGGUCUUAGCUCUAACAGCAACUUUGGAGCAAAAGGAGGCUGAAAUCGAGGUCUUGAAACACCGUCUUAAAUCCCCAGUUAGAGUUUGGUCCGUGAGUACUGAUGACAAAUCAAAUCUGCCAGUAAAUGUAACAGUUACAGGAAGUAUGGAAGAAAAGGAAAAGACAGAGUUCAGCCAAGAGGAGGGUGGCCGAGUACAUGAAUCUACUGCAUACAAGGAUGGUGACGAUUCCACAAAAGAUCAGGACAGAAGUGAGAUUAAAUUCAAUUUUUCUCAAGAGGAACACAAUGGAGAAGAGGUUGAAGAUGGAAGCAAGAAAAAGGGUGAGACUACUUUUAGAAUGGACAUGGCUGGUGCAGGACAACUGCAGAAACCGGUAAGUUUGGAAGAAAAAGCCAGAAAUGAGGGAGCCGCUGGAGAAAUGGGAAAUGAGUAUUCUCAAUAUACAGGUACUUCUAGAAUGAAUGGGGAAAUGAAUCAUGCGAAUGCCACUGAAACAAUCAAUGACAUGGAUGAACAAGGACUGAAAAUUACCAACGCCGGGCAGCUUGGAGAACUUAAAAAUCCCCGCCCAGAAGGUGAGAGUCAAAAACUCCAAGGAACUUACGAAGGUGGAAGGAAACUCGGAAUAGAUGACAAUUCUAGAAUUUCAGGAUUGUCAGGGAGAUUUGACCAUUUAAGCAGAGCAAAGGGGAAAAGAUGGAGAAUUCUUGCUAGGAAUAGGUUCCUGAAGAAGAAUGUAAAUUCUGAGCUAGAUGGAGUGGCAAGCAUGAGAAGUAGAAGAUUUUCAAAAGCAGAUAAAGAUGAAGCAAGAAGCAGUGAAGGGGGAGUAGUUUCUAACGAGGGGAAAGCGGAAAGAGAAGCAACAGAAGCAGGUAUGAGGAAGGAAAUGGAUUUGACAAAAGUUAAUUUUCUGAAGCGCCAGAACUCUGAAGACACUGAGGAUGUGAAACAAAGAAAAGUGAGCGCAGAGACAAGUCGUGAGGUGGAGGGAGAGAACGCAAUGUCAAGAUACCCUGAUAAAUUUCUCGCCAGGGAAGUACCAGAGAAAAAAGGUGUCAAUGCCGAAGCCAGUAAUUAUACACAUCAUGUCAAGCAGCUGAAAGUUGAAGAAGCUGCCAGUCACAUCAAACAGAAUAUGAAGAGCAGGGAGGUCAAGGAACUGGAGAAGAAACCCGAACUUAAUCCCGUUGUCAAAGAUGACAUGGAAGAGGAUACGGAGGUUGCAGAUAAACAAGAACCAGAGACAGAAGCAGCUAAUGGUGACCUUUCCAGCGACUUUAUGUCUGAUUCGGAAGAAAAAGAGGGGUACAAGGAGGAAACCGAUGAGUCCGAGUUUUAA